AUGGAAACUCCCAUUAGUAGUACCAACAGCAAGGGUGUGAAGGUAGAUUCAUACGAUUGGGAAUCCAAUUCUGACUCUUGUUCUAGUUCGGAAGAUUCGCAGAGUAAUACAUUUGUUUCUGAAGAUGAAAAUAAUGAUGUGGAUGGGGAAAAGGAAGGGGAUGGGUUAGUUUCCAGUGUAGAUGAUAGUUUUCGCUUGCUCACUGAUAUGGAGAUUAUGGAAAUGAAAUUUGUUUCUGAAGAUGAAGCUGGUCAAUUCUACAAUGCAUAUGCCAAGGCAAUUGGUUUUAGCGUACGCAAAUAUAAAAGUAGACCACAAAAAGGCAAUGAAAUGUACGUAAGGUGGAGGACUUGGGUUUGUUCUGGGGAAGGUAAAAGAAAUAAGAAGCAUUUAGAACGCACUGAUCGAAAACGACGUCAUAAAGCUGAAACAAGAACUGGUUGUGGUGCUAAAUUCCGGGUUUGUCGUAUGAGCAAAACCAUGAAAAAUUACGUUGUCACAGAGUUUGUGAGUACCCACAAUCAUCCCUUAGCAGCACCACAUUGUGUUCCCUUUCUGCGAUCGCAUAGACGUGUGGAUGAUGCAGACAUAGCUCAGGUAAUGGCCAUGCGGAAUGUAGGCAUGAAGCCAGCGCAAAUUAUGGACUAUAUGACAUGUCAGUCUGGGGGUUUCCAUAAUGUGGGGUUCACUGUAAAAGAUUUGCGUAACAAAUUGCAUAGCAUUCGUAAAGAAGAAAUAAGAAAUGGGGAUGCUGAGGGUGCAUUGGGAUACUUGUCUGCUCAAGUAAGUAAUGAUCCGUUAUUUUUCUUCAAGUACACUGUUGACGAGGAUGACCGGUUGGAGACACUUUUCUGGACAGAUGGGAGGUCUAAGAUGGAUUAUGCUGCAUUCGGAGAUGUGUUAGUUUUCGACACGACCUAUCGAACCAAUGCGUACAAGAAGCCAUUUGUCAUACUGGCAGGUGUGAGUAAUAACUUUACAACGACCAUAUUUGGUUGUGCAUUGUUGUCAAAAGAGACGGAGGAUACGUACAAUUGGGUUCUUUCAACGUUUUUAGAGGCUAUGGAUGGUAAACGGCCCAUCUCGGUGGUCACAGAUGGUGAUUUGGCGAUGCGCAAUGCAAUUAGAAACAUUUUUCCUGAUGUAAGGCAUCGCCUAUGUUCGUGGCAUCUGGAGCGAAAUGCCGCUAAAAAUGUUCAUAUACCGGAAUUCGUAUCUGACUUUACCAUUUUGAUGCAAAUGGAAUGUGAUGUUGAAGAAUUUGAAACUCUUUGGGCUGAUAUGGUAUCACACUACGGCCUAGAGACAAACACUUGGGUGGUAGAGAUGUAUAGCGACCGCGAAAGAUGGGCCGAGGCAUAUCUUCUCGGCCAUUUCUUUGCAGGGAUGAGGAGUACUCAGCGCUGUGAAGGUAUGAACCGUUAUUUAAAUCGGUUCUUAACAGUAAGGCUACGGCUUUUUGAAUUUGUCCAACAGUACCACCGUGGUCUAGCUAGGAUGCGAGUUGCCGAUGCAAAGGCUGAGACGGCAACGGAGCAUAGUACCCCUGUCUUGAUCACGCAAUUGAAAAGCUUGGAGAAGAAUGGAACCGAGGUGUACACACAAUACAUAUUCAGAUUCUUUCAGGAUGAAAUACAGCGUGCAUCUGCAUUGAUUGUGGCGCGUCGUGUUGAUGAGAUGGAGCGUCGGUUGUACUUCAUUGAGAUGUACUCGCAUCCAGAAUCCAAUUGGACGGUCGAGUAUUAUCCAAUUGAUAGCAGAAUCAAUUGUAGUUGUUUGAUGUUUGAGUCUUUUGGUCUACCUUGUUGCCAUAUGAUUGUGGUCAUGAAAUAUGAACACCUACCGACCAUUCCCCCUAGUUUAGUCAUGCAAAGAUGGACAAGGCGUGGUCGACCUCUGACCCAACAACCAAAUGUAUGCCAAAUUUCUCGCAGUAUAUCCCACAUGGCUAGGUAUGGGAUAUUGAGUUCGGGUUACAAAUUGAUGUCAUUCUAUGCGUCACAUGCACAGGACUCAUUUGAAGAUGCUAGGCAAAUGGAACACGAAAUGACAUCCUGGAUGAGGAAGCGUUGGGAGAUGGGAAAGAAUAAGGAGUGCAACACAGAGAUUGGCAAAUCAAGUGAUGGCCAAAUUUUGUUUGGUGUGGGCGAUCCACCUGUGGUCAAGACCAAAGGCAACCCUGGGAAGAAGUCCAGUGCCCAACAUUCUCGGAAUCCCAGGAAAUGUAGCCACUGCAAGUGCCGAGGUCACGAUAAGCGAACAUGUCCAAAGUUGUCAUCAAAGCAUCCAAUUGACGACCUUCCUAUUUAG